AUGACUGUGCGAGAAACGUUUGACAGAAUUAACAGACUCCGAAACAUUCUCCAAAGUGAUAAAAUAAGGGACAGACCGCAAGUUAACAGAGGCAUACAAGUCGAGACUCUGUCGACAAACACGUCAGUAUGUGUGGAGACGCGUGUGGACAGGAAGUGUCAGACAUCACCACAGUUACCCCAUGCAAAGCCAUGCAUGCGGCGUGAUCCAGAAGUCAGCACGGCCUGCCACCAUGGAAGCCAUACGGGUCAGAAGCAAGCUCCUGGCGUCCCGCCCCACAAUCCAGUCCCUCGACCCACUUCAGGGUGUUCGGUAACCGACUUUUGGGAUACCGUGACAGGAAGCGACACGUCGAGCGAUGAGGAAGCGGACAAGAUUUUGCCGACCCCCUCACCUUGCGGCGACUCUUUUAAACAAGAAGGUGGUUUCCCUUGGAAUACAGCCCUGCAUUACCAGACGAAGCACAAAUCCGCAAAUUGCUCACAGAAUUACAUCAAGUCACAUGAGCAACACAAAUGCCCACAAAAAGGCAUCGCAUUCCAUCGAACCACAAAAACCCCACCCCUCUCCUCACCACACCUGAAGUCAGCUCUACGAUCGAAGUCUGUUGAAUGCAGACGCACUUCGGUGAAUCGACCAAAGGCAAAUUGGAUGAGCCCAGAGGAGGGGUUAAUGCUUAGGACGCCACCUCCUCAAGGUCAGAGGUGGGAGGAGUGCAUCAAUCGGAUUUACGACCGUCGUAGCCGGAAGCCCCUUCACUACCCGAAUGAAAACAAAAAACUGCCAAGGCGGACGGCAACGAGUGAUCGCGGCCACGCGAUUCAGAGGACUCUAGUGCGAAGUAACUUACUGCGACAGACCUUCUCCUCCUCGCGGAAGCGUCGAGAAAAUCCUCCUGAAACCACUAAUACGACAUCAAGGCCACUCUGGCGAACCUGUUGA